CGAUUUAUGUGUCAGUGUGGCAACGUGAACGCAAGUGUGGGGUCCUGACAUCAUUUGCGCGCAUUCAGAUGACGUACAUGUGUUUUCACAGCUGAUUGAAAGAGGUCGCAGUUCACCAAACAGCUCUCAACGUUAAUCUUCUAAAAAUAUAUAUAUUUCGGCUUUUGAUGUGAUUUAUAUCCAGUUCUGUACCGAGACAUUUUCGGAAUGACGUAAUUCGUUACAGCUCCAUUGGCUUAGCUCACCUUUCCUGUGGUGCAAUACAGUCCAGCCAUGGAUAAGAUUUUGGAAGCGCUGGUCAGCUCCUCUCAUCCUCUGACUGUCAAACGGGCUAUUGUGAAAAAGGUCACGGAGGCUGCAGAAAAGGAAGUGACCGAGGAGCAGUGCCAGGCCUUGUACCAUCUCACCACCCGCCUUAUUCUCCUGGGUGAGGAUGCUUUUCAGCGACAGGUCGGCCUCCAAGUGCAAGAAGCGUACGCACGUUACCAUCGCGAUGAGUUUGCCCGCUUCUUCAGCAAGGAAUACGUGCUUGGUCUCCUACAGCAGGGCUAUGGCUCUUUGGACCGCAGAGACCCUGCCAUCUUGGACUUUCUGCACGGUUCCCUCCGACUGCUCAUCAGCUGCCCGGCUGUGUUGGAGAUGGCACCACUGCUACAGACGGAGGUCCUACGCAUCAUCUGUGAACGGCCAGAACCAGCGACUUGUGCCAAGCUGGCCACCAUACUGACGGACUUCCCUCAGUGCGUCCCUCGAGAGAAGGCUGGAGUUCUUUUCUGUCAGCAGCUUGUGCGCACCUUUGCGUAUUUCCACUGUCCUGCCACUGAAGAGCGGGAGUUGCGGGAGUAUGUGACCCAGGUGACCAGGGUGAGCGUGCUGCUGCAGGGCAUCUGGAAGGCCGAGCCGGCCACGCUGCUACCGUCACUGCAGGAGGUGUUUGCCAUCAUCUCAUCUACAGACCCUUCAUUUGAACCCUCCAUUGCUCUAGCAAGCCUGGUCCAGCACAUCCCUCUGCAAAUGAUCACAGUCCUCAUCAAAAGCCUCACCACUGACCAGAAUGUUAAAGAUGCCAGUAUGACACAAGCACUCUGCAGGAUGAUUGACUGGUUGUCCUGGCCUCUAGCCAAUCACGUGGACACUUGGGUCAUUGCUUUAUUAAAGGGACUUGCUGCUGUCCAAAAGUUCACCAUCCUCAUAGAUGUCACACUGCUCAAAAUUGAACAGGUCUUUAAUCGUCUUUGGUAUCCUAUUGUGAGACAGGGAGCGCUGGUGGUUCUUUCACAUAUGCUGCUUAGUUUCCAGCACUCUCCUGAAGCCUUCCACUUAGUGGUUCCUCAUAUAGUUCCACUUGUAAAGUCUUUGAAGAAUGAUGGCCUUCCCAACAGCAAAACCUUCCUGCUGCAAUUCGCAGAACUUGUCCACUGCAUGAUGUACCAGUAUUCCGGCUUCCCAGACCUUUAUGACAGCAUUCUUGAGUCCAUUAAAGAACUACCUAAACCUAAUGAGGAAAAGAUUAAAUUUGUUCUGAACCAAAGUGCCUGGACCUCUCAGUCAAAUUCAUUUGCCUCAGGCCUGCUUAAGAUCACUGGAAAAUCAGAAACGGGGAAGACGGGACUUGUGAAUCUGGGCAACACAUGCUACAUGAACAGCAUCAUCCAAAUUUUAUUUAUGGCUACAGAUUUCAGACGGCAUGUUAUGUCUCUUCAUUUGAAUGGCAGCAACACCCUCAUGAAGAAGCUCCAGCUUCUAUUUGCCUUCUUGGCCCACACACAGAGAGCAGCAUAUUCUCCAAGGAGUUUUUUGGAGGUUUCUCGGCCACCAUGGUUUACAGCUGGAUCCCAGCAAGACUGCUCAGAGUAUUUGCGCUUUCUGCUGGACAGGUUGCAUGAAGAAGAGAAGACUCUUUCAGCCCUUCAGGUGACCAGCUCCAAACCUGAACCUGCAACCACUUCUGCUGAAACUCUUCAAGCUGCUACAAGUCAGCCAGUUGCUGAUAUGCCAUCACAUCCAGCUCCUGUGGCAGUCAAGGGAGAUGGUCGCACUCUAGUGGAGCGUAUGUUUGGUGGUAGACUCUCUACAACCAUCCGCUGCCUGCAGUGCCACAGCCUGUCAGAAAAAGAGGAGCCAUUUACAGACCUCUCUCUUGCCUUCUGCCCCUCGAUGUCCAAGUGCCACGGUCCCACUGAUGAGCACAAAAGCUCCUCCUCAGUGGGACCCUGCCAAGGGGCGGUGAAUGGAGGCAGUGAAUCCUCAGAGGGCUCAGUAAAAGAAGGUGCAGGAACCGGGAUGGAGAGGCCGGUGGUGGAGCCCACUCUGUCUGUACCAGAUUUAGUUGACUAUUUCCUGGCUCCAGAAAUCCUAGAGAAUGAGAACUGCUACUUUUGUGAACGCUGCGCCUCACUGCAGAGGGCCAAGAAGGUCAUGCAAGUGGUGAUGGCACCUGAGUACCUCAUUCUGACUCUGCUGCGCUUCUCGUACGAUGCCACCUGCCACGUCCGUCGCAAGAUCCUGGACAAUGUAGGCAUUCCGCUGCAUAUGAGCCUACCUUUACGCCAACACGGUAUCUCCGCUUCAUCAUCUUUCUCAACUGCAGCUACAUCUUCCUCAUCUGACUCCCCCGACAGCGGUGAGAAUCUAGCUAAGAAGCUCAAGCCUUCUCAAAAGGAGGAUGGGAUGACGGAAAACAGAAGAAAUAGCGAGACAAAUGACAGCGAUUCGGAGAUGCUGUCAGUGCCGUAUGUUUUGAGUUCUGUUGUAGUGCAUUCUGGGAUGUCUUCCGAGAGCGGUCACUACUACUCGUAUGGAAGGAAUGCGAGUAGCACUGAUGGUUAUGUAGCUCACCCAUGUCCUAAGGACCUGGAAAGCUCCAGCCUAUCAGAGACCUCGACAGCCACACAGGAGGAAAUGGGAUCCGCUGGCAACAAAUCCAUGGACUGGUUCUUGUUUAAUGACAGCCGAGUGUCUUUUACAAACUUUGAAUCAUUGCAGAAUGUCACCAGUCGCUUCCCUAAGGACACAGCCUAUGUCCUGAUCUAUAGGAAACAAGAGGUCAGUGGACAACCAGGUAAUUCAGGGCCAGUUGUAAAUGGCUCAAGACUGAGUGGAGAGCCGCCCCUGCAGAAAGAGCUGAUGGAUGCCAUUACCAAAGACAACAAACUCUUCCUACAGGAGCAGGAGCUGAAUGCCAGAGCUCGGGCUCUUCAAGCAACCUCUGCUUCUUGCUCAUUCCGACCCAAUGGUUCUGAUGACAACGAGCCCCCUGGCAGCUGUGGACCCUCAGGUGGGGGUGGAGGAGGGGGCUUCAAUACCAUCAGUAGACUCGUCUUCUAAGGAAGAGUCACAGACAUACCCUCAGAGCACUGGACAAGUCCCACUGACAACACCAGACUCCAUUUGUUAUGCCCCCUCAUUGCCCACAAUGUGGAUAAGUGUGUCACCUCAGAACAGAUGGAUUAAUUUUUCUGGUUUGUGUGCUUUUUCCCAUUUACACUGACAUUCAUUUGAAAUUAACUGAAGCACUUAAGUACUAUAGGUCAGAAAUGGGCAUGCAAUAAAUUUGUACAGAAUACAGUAAUAAUUGCGUUCUCAUCCUGGAAUCUUAAUCGUUUCAUUUUCUAAACAGAAAUCAUUAGACAGAGAAUGGUUUUAAAAAUUAAAGCAAAUAUUUUUGGACCAUACUACUUGCAUGAAUAUUUUAAUUGAAUGUUUUUCAACUUCUAGUUUGAGGAUUACAGUUAUAUGUUAUAUGUUUUGUCAAUUAUUUAAUUACAAUUAAGUUAUUUUAUUCAUUCAGGGAAUACUUUUUUUUUGACUUAACAUAAAUUUUUUUUUUUUUUUUUUGGAUUUUAUGUGCCUUUAAAAUACUUCAGAUUUUACACAAUUAUUGGACUAGCUACACAAUAAACACCGUGCUCUUGCUGUACAGUGUUAAUAUGUAAUGAUUAUGUUUUUGCUCUAUAGCAAAGACUCUUCAUCACUUAACAUGGUCUAAUUUUAUUAUUUAAAAUGCAUGUUAAGAUUCUGUGUCAUUUACUGGUUAAAAGAUUUGAGAAGACUGUGCAUAUUUUAUUUCAAGGUUAGAGAUGUAAUUUCAGUAUGAAAGCUCAGUGUUAUAUAAAAAAGUGUUCAGUUACAAGAAGACACACAACAUUUGAUUUUAUUAAUAUUAAAAAACAUUUUGUUUCAGCUUUCAGCACAUUUUAUUUCUAUUUCUCACUUUAGUUUAAGUAAAACUUAAAAACUAUAUAGACAUUUGAAUAAUGACAAAAACAUCAAAAACUACUACAGCUUUAAAAUUAAAAUAUAAACAAAUUAUAUUAAUAUAUUGAACUUAUACUGAACUUCAAAGCAACAAUUAUAACAAGUGUUAUUCCUGUGAAUAUUCUGCUCAUGACAUGCUCUAAGACAAUAAUCAAGCUGAGGUCUGUUUUGACUGUCAGAGCAUGAGACCUUUGUUAGUCACCUUGUGGUUAUCAAUCCAUAAGUCCACCCCCAACAUCCCAGUGUCCUCACUUUGAACCACUGCACUCCUGUCCUUCGGUGAACCCUGACUCAAUGCUCUGCUUUUCAGCACGAAGUCCUGAUAAAAUCAGUACGGCAUCAUUGUUGUGGUGCAUUAGCUGAGAAUAGACACUUAAGGCUGUGGUGAAGCACUCCUUAGAUGCACAUUUCUUAAUUGAAGAACUAAUACAUGUGGCAAAGUCGGCUUUGUGGUUUUUAAAUGUGGGCACCUUUAGUUCUUCAUUCCCUCCAGAGCAUUAGCUUUAUAUCAUGUUGGGCGCUGCAGCGUUGCAAUCACUCACACAGUCUCUAAAACCAUUUGGUAAAAUCAAUGACUCUCAAUUAUUCAACAACUGAGAUCUACACAUGUCUUUGCUACAGUUUAGGCCACUCCCACUGACAAUUUAUUCUGUGACAUAGAAAUUGUUAUAAUAUUGUUGUAGUACUGUAAUAAUGAUUUAAAUAGCCACUUAUAUCAUCUUCAGGUUUUUAGAUCAAUAAUCAAAGAAAACAACCAAGGUGUUGGUUGUGAAUUAUAUCAUAGACAAAAGUACUUAAUAUAAAUUAUAGGCUACAUCAAAUAUCACUCUGAGUUGCAUGCUGUCAUUAUAAAGUCUCAUAAAGUCUUCAUUUUGUGUUUGAUUUAUAAAAUUUUACCAUUUGAUGAAUACGUUUAGCAACAGACUUUUGUAAUUGAAUCUGAUAAGACCAUUUCUCUGAAAAA